UUGGAAAUAUCAGUGAUCAAGGAGACUGGUGAUAUCAACGAAAGAGCUCGUUGGACUCAAAAUAGAAAGAAAAAGGAGAGCAGAACGGCCAAAUGGAGCGAGAAACGAUGGUACAACUCAUAUUGCAGAGAGUUUGGCCUCUCCAGAGCAAGGAUGAAGACAAACGAGGAUCAGGAUGCCGAAUGGGAGUGCAAGGAUCUGCUCGGUAAAGGUGCUUUCGGGGUGGUCGGUUUGUGGGUCAAAUCUGACGCGAAAGGCAGAGUUCUCGAUGCGAUAGCUAUCAAGCAAACUAAUGCGGAACGGCGUGAGCGGACCUCCAGGGGGGAGACAACCCUACCAUGGGAAGCACUGAUCAUGAAUGAGCUGCAGCAGCGAGGCUGCACAAAUAUAGUUCAAAUAAGAAGAAUUAUAUAUUUCCCCCUCGAAAAGCCCGUUCAAUGGAGAUUCUAUAUGGAAGUCUCUCGAUUUGGAACGAUGACCGACCUAAUCGAAGCUUACAUGGACAAAGGUCUACGCCUCCCAGAAGCGUUCAUCUGGCAAGCAUUCAACGAGUUUGCGAAGGUUGCAGUGCACAUGAGUUGCGCUAGAUUUCACAAAUCUGUUGCUCCUAAAGGAGAGAACCCAUUUGUCCUACACUUGGAUUUGAAGCACGACAACGUCUUACUAGGCGAACCACCUUCCCGAGAGGAUGGUCUCCAUUACCCCAGCGUACGAGUAGCCGACUGGGGCUUGGCGGAGUUCACGAGUAUUGAGUCCUCCGAGAACAGCGAUAAGUGGAGAGGAUAUGGGACCCUUUGUUGGAUGCCUCCCGAACAAAGGAGAUACGGUGAAUAUGGUCGUCAUUGGAAGCGCAAUGUCUUUGGAUCGCCCACUGCUCCAUUCACCAUGAAGCAUGUCGUUUGGCAGAUAGCGGCUUGUGUCUAUGGGCUGAUGAAUGUAGAGAAGCAUAAUGAGACCAUUAAUAAGAAGGUGGAUGCGUUUGAGAACCGUGAGGCUCGGCUGCGAGAGCAAGGAUAUUCCGUUCUCGGGGGUUAUUCCAGCAGUAUUUACACCAAGUCCUUGUGUAGGCUGGUGGAACUGUGCUUACUGGUGGAUCCAAAGCUGCGCCCAUCACCUCGCACCUUACGAGACAAAACCCAUGAAGGCUGGAAGCCACAUUUUGAAAAGUUCAAGAAGAAUGGCUUCAAAAACCUGGAGCCAAUGUCGUUUCCC